AUGGCAAUGGAAUUGUUGGACAUGAAUGAAGAUUGGAAACUAGCUAAUAAACUUAGAAUAGAAGAUUCUGAACAAUUUUACACUUUGGUUCGAAUGCAUUUGUCAUUUAUACUGGAAUCUAACAUUAAAGAAGGGGAUUGUUCAGUGGAAGAAAAAUCAAAAAACAAACCUAUUAAAUGGUCUUUUAUGAAAAAAGACAAAUGUUCCGUGAAAGGCGUUAUGGAUGGAGCACCAAUUACUCAAGAAGGAAUUUGUCAAGUAUAUCAACUUAUUGAUUUCUUGUCUCAAGAAGAAAAUGUCAUGCAAGAAGGUAUAUUUCGUAGAAAUGGUUCAAUAACCCGACAACAAGAACUGAAAGCACUUUUAAACCAAGGGCAAACAUUAGAUUUAUACAACGGACAGUUUACUGUGCAUGAUUGUGCUACUGUUUUGAAAUCGUUUUUAGCUGAACAACCUGAACCAAUAAUGACAGAAGCAUUUUAUCCAGCAUAUUGUCAAAUAUCAGAAUUCUGUCAGAAAAUGGAGAUUAACAAUAAUAGUCAACGUUUACUGAGAGCUCUACAACUUUUGUUGUUGUUAUUGCCAUUUGAUAAUUUAGUUUUAUUAAAAGAUAUCAUAAAAUUACUUCACUUUACUGCUUUACAUUCAGACAAGAACAGAAUGCCGCCGGACAAUUUAGCAACAUUAUUUACUGGUCACUUAAUUGUUCCAAGAAAGUUACCAGCAGAAGAAAUCUAUCAGAUAACUCAAAAUCUAUCACAUAUUGUCAUUUAUAUGAUUAAAUUAGGAUUUGACUUAUUCAAAAUUCCACCAAAUUUAUCUGUAGAUAUAAGAGCUUAUUGGUCCAAAAAAACUUUACAACCUGUUAAGGAGGAAGGUACAGUUGCUACAACAGUGUUUUCAUUCACUGAUCGUACAACUACCACUAAAGAAAAUGAAGAAAAUCCAACAGUUAAAGCAUUGGCUGAAUUAUAUGCUCAUGUCCAUAAUCUACCAGAAUCUGCAGAAAAGCGUAGAAUGUUUAUUAAACGUGUUAGCAAUCACAAUUCUGUUAUUACACCAAAUAGAAGUCUUACAAAUUCUAUCAAAAAACACAUUUUUAAAAAAGGAUCAAAGUUUAAACAAGGUUCAAUGAAGUCGGCAGAACGACAGCAAUUAAAACUUGGAGAAGGAAAUUCCAAACCAUCCACAGCUACUUCUUCAGAUAAAGAAAAUAAGGACGAUUCAUUUAAAAUUAAGAAAAAUGGCACAAAAAAAUUACCAAUUAAAGAAAUUAAAUACUCAAAGAUCGAAGACCAUUGUUCACCCAAACUGGAUCUUGAUACACCAGUAGAUUGUUUUUCUACGCCCAAUGUUGUUAAACGUAUUAAACGUUGUACUAGUACUCCAUCAGCAGUUACGCCACAUCAGCAACAUCCUAAUGACGAUAUGUCUCCAAUUACGCAGUCAGCCCAGAAAAUGACCAAAUCUAUGCAGGAAACCAUGAUGACUCCGAGAAGUCGUAAACCUGUAGUAGCAUUGUCCAACUCAAACAUACAUAAAAUGAAACCUUGUAACAGUGAUUCAAGUAUAUCAAAUUUGCCAAGCCGACAGAGUCUAAACUCUGUAUCAUCUAAUCCCUACUAUUUAAUGACUUCCGGAGAUUCGCUCUCCAGUUCAUUUCGAGAUUAUUUAUUCAGUCAAAGUGUACUGACUGCUAGUCCAGUAGAUCUCAGUUUUGGUGAUACCAGUGCGUCAUCCACACAGUCAUUACUUUCAGAUUUGGAGGAUGGCCAAUUACAAUUCUCUAAAAUAUGUACCUCGUCCACGGAAAGUUUACCGAAAAGAAAACGAUUAACAAGUGAAAACUUUAUUGAAACAUUGCUCUGA